GCAUGCUGGGAACCUCAUGUGGCUGGUCUCAGCUCCUGGAGGGUGUAAGUACCGCUGUGCAUCUUGGACCUUUGCCGGGCUCUAAAGAGGAAGUUCCCCCCCCUCUCAGGCCUCCACCUCUUGAAGGACCACAGUCUGACCCAAGCAGAGAGCGCGCAGCCAGUGAGAAUGGCCCCCGGGACUCCAAGGCCCCCCUCCCAGAGGUCAAGCUGCUGGACAGUCUUCUAAAAUAUUUGAAUAAUAUCUGAAAAUUAUUUAAUUAAUAAAUUUAGUAUAUUUUUC